CAGGCCAGCUGUUUGAAAGAAGCAGCAUAAACCUUUUGCAACGAAGUUUUUUGCUAACAAAAUCAUUAAUACGAGACAAGAACAUGGCUGGACGUGAAGCCGUCAAACGCGCCGUGCAACAGGUGCGUCCCAUAUUGUCCGUGGAUAGAGAAGAAGCACGCAAACGUGCUCUCAAUCUGUACAAGGCCUGGUACCGUCAGAUUCCCUACAUUGUUAUGGAUUACGAUAUUCCAAUGAGCAUCGAGCAGUGCCGGUCCAAAUUGCGUGAGGAGUUCGUCAAGCAUCGUCAAGUAACUGACAUUCGUGUGAUCGACAUGCUGGUCAUCAAGGGCCAAAUGGAGCUAAAGGAGACUGUGGAGAUCUGGAAACAGAAGGGGCACAUAAUGCGUUAUUGGAAGGAAUCGCAGGAUCCCAAACCAACAGAUUUUCUCUCAAAAUUUAUUCAGGGCGUUAAUUAGUAAAUAAAUCAAGCACUGUGCAAAUGAUUAAAAAAAUUGAAA